UGUUGCACAAUUACAUUGAUAUAACUUUACAACAUACAAAGGAAACAAUGGCACCAACAAUACCAAAAAAGAUAUCCCCCAAACUGAUGGAGAUAAGUAAAGAACCUGUAACUUUAGGAAAAAAUAUGCAUAUAUCACGACAAGACUUGGGUGCUGGUGAUAUGGACUGGAUGCGAGGAAAGGUUUUGCUAAAACCAGAUGAUCAAUUGCAAUUAACAGAAGCAGAAUUACAAGAGGAAAUUGCCAAAGUAUUAACUAUACACAAUACAAGAGUACCAGACUCCUUAGUCGAAUGGUCAUGGAAAUUGGGUGAAUUUGUAAGAUUACCUCCUCCACCGCAUUUAUUAACUCUACUAAAUAUAACUGGCACUAUACUACACAAAGACUCUGAAGAGGCCAAAGUGCAAUUGGCAGGAGGAAUUAUUGCUGAUCAUCAAGAGGAGGCAGCAGACGAGAAAUUGAAACCUGAUGAAGCUGAAGAAGAAGCAGAAUAUAAAGAAGAGGAAGAAGCAGAGGAAGUGGAUAAACCCGUAGAAGCGGUAGUCGAAACUGAACGCGAAAUAGAAGCUGAGCCAGAACCUGAGGAAGAUGAAAUAGAAAAAGCAAAACCUAAGAAAAUACCUAAUCAAUUCAAUUUCUGUGAGAGGGCAGCAUUGACAUAUGAUAAUCCUAUGAGGGAUACAAGCACACAAACGAUACCUCCACCUACUGCAACCUUCAAUAUUAGUGUCUUUCAGUGGACUAUUUUUGACGAGUAUCAGGAAGACUAUGCUCAACAACAACGUGAGAAAGAAAAGGAGAAAAAAGCGCCAAUAACUCAAUUAAAAAAGGAGGAUAUAAAGAAGAAAGCACAAAUGGAAUCUUUAGCAAUGACAAACAGAAUGCUACAAGCAGCAAAAACAUUGGAACGAAUGGUGAAUCAAAACAUUUUCGACGAUGUAUCUCAAGAUUACAGAUAUUGGGACGAUCCAAGCGAUGAAUUCAAAGAGGGCGAAGGCUCUUUAUUACCUUUGUGGAAAUUUUCUUAUGAAAAAACUAAGAAACACGAUGUCACGGACAUAUGCUUCAACAGCAGAUAUUACGAUCUCUUUGCAGUCGCUUUUGGAACACUGUCAUUUAAUAGUUCGAUAACAAAUGGCACAGUAUGCUUAUUCAGCUUGAAGAAUCCAUCAUAUCCAGAAUGGAUCUGUCCAACAGAAACUCCUGUGAUGUGCCUAGAUUUCAAUGCCCAACAUCCAUAUCUUUUAGUUAUCGGUACUAUGGACGGAGCGGUAGCGGUUUAUAACAUAAUGUUACCACCGUCUAUGCCACAGUAUAAAAGCAACGACGUUGUGCAAAAACAUGGAGGGUUAGUAUGGGAGAUUCGUUGGGCGCCCGAUACAGAAGAGGGAAAUCUAGCGUUCUUCAGCGUCAGUAUCGACGGCAAAAUAAAUCACUGGGUGUUAAAUCAGAACAAUCUCGGUCUCAAUACCGUUAUAACGUUGUUUCUGGACCGACCGCCUAUUCCGGGACCGGAUGGCACAUUGAUUACACUCAAAGGAUGCGGAACGUGCAUUGCAUUUCAUCCUGCCGAUCAGAAUGUUUUUCUGGUAGGCACAGAAGAGGGUACCAUGUACAAGUGCAAUACGGCGUACAGCAGUAUUUACAUGAGGACGUAUCACGAGGCGCACACUAUGCCGGUAUAUCGAAUAGUCUUCAACAAGUUCAAUUCCAGUAUCUUUGCCAGUUGUUCGGGCGAUUGGCGAAUCAAAAUCUGGGAAGAUGAAAGACCGGAACCUUUAUUCAUGUUUGAUCUGGGUGUUCCAAUUGGUGACGUUCAAUGGGCUCCGUACAGCUCAACAGUGCUCGCUUGUGUAUCAAACGAUGGCAAAGUUACAGUGUUCGAUUUAAAUGUUAACAAGUACAGACCAAUCUGCAGUCAGCAGAUUGUCAGUAAACGAAGAAACAAAUUAACCCGAUUAGCUUUUAAUAACGCGUUGCCGUUUAUAAUAGUCGGCGAUGAUAAAGGUACUGUGAAUACACUAAAACUAUCCCCAAAUUUACGGAUAAAAGUAAAACCAACAAAGAAGCAAUUACAUUUGUCACAAACAGAGUUAGAAUCGAUGAAAUUGGAAAAGUUGCUCAGUUUUGUACGAGAGCCUCCAGUUUUGAUUCCACCUAAAGAUGUAAGAAUAGUCAGCUAAAACUGAUACAUCAAAUAUGAAACAGAUUAUAACUUUUUGUAAACAACAGUAC